AUGUCAUCAGGUGAGCUGGCCAAUGGGGAGGACCCAAGCUCCAUGGCCCCGCCCACAGCGAGGCUGCCUCCAAGAUUGGUGGCGAAGGACACGUGGCCUCAAGGCCCAGAGGCUGGCAGGGAGCAGUCCCAACCUCAGGACCAGGGCUGGAACUCCAGUAGGGACAGAGGCCCUGAAGCCUGGGCCCCAGGUAGAGACCGACCCCAGGAGCAGGUCUGGAACUCCGGCAGAGACCGAGUGGGACACUCCAGUCAAGACCAGACAUGGAUAGCAGGCAGGGACAGAGCUCAUUCUGGACAGGACCAGGCCUGGAUGACGGGUCGGGACCGAGGUCCUGAGCAGGGUUGGGCAGCUGGCAGAGACCGAGGCCAGGAUCAGGCCUGGAACGCAGGCAGGGAUCCAGGUAGAGACCGGGCGUCCUCAGGACCAGAGCAGGCAUGGGGAUCUGGCCGAAACCAAGACCAAGCCUGGAGCAACACAAGCAGAGACAGAGGACACGUUUGGAGACCUGACUUGAACAUGAAGAAGGUCCUGAGAGUGGAGAUGGAGCGAAGCCCUCCUGUCAAUAACUUUCCCCAGCCGCCAGAGGGCAAAGACUCCUGUUCAGAUGGAGGCAGUGUUGGUGAGGCCUCGACCGUUCAGCCCAGCGAGGAGCAGAAACCUCCGGUCCUCAGCACCAAGAAGGAGCCUCCUACCUACCCCCCCGGAAGUCAAGAGGAGCGCUGGCAGCUCCAGAUUGUGGCCAAAGGCAGAGUCACGUGUCCGAAAUGUAAGAGUGUGAGCAGAAAGACUGUGGAGGGGCUGAAGAAACACAUGGAGAACUGCCGACUGCAACCUUUCACCUGUCAACACUGUGGGAAACAGCUGAAGUCUUCAACAGGGAUGAAGUAUCACAUCAUGGCUGACCACAGUCAUCUGCCUUCGGCAGACGACGCCAAGGACCUGGAUGAUCGCGCCAUCAAAGACAAACUGCGAAAAAUCCUGAAGAGACUGGGCAAAUUAAAAUGCUCUAAAGAGGGCUGUAACGCUGCAUUCACCAGUAUUAUGGGCUAUGUAUACCACAUGAAGAAGUGUGGGAAGGAGGAGUCCGAGCUGGAGAAGAUGUUGUUGAACUGCUCCCACUGCGGGAAAACAUACAAAUCCAAGGCUGGUCUGGAGUACCACCUUAAAUCAGAGCAUGCUCCUGUGAGUCCUAUGUUUUUUAAUCUGUUAAUUCAGACUGAGGAAGACGAGGCACUGAAGGCCCAGAGGGAGGCCAACCCGGAGAGGACGGCCAGCGGCAGGGUGCAGCGAGCCUCGGCACAGGUGGCCAACUUCCACCUGGCUGAAAUUGCCAACAACGAGUUGCCCAAAGACUGGCCCAAGAGGAAGUUUCAGUCAGACCUGGUGCCCGAUGACAAAAAGUUAAAAUAUGCCCGACCAGGCCUCCCUGCCUUCAGUCAAGAGGUGCUGAGGAAGUGGAAGAAUGAGGUGAAGCUGCAGAGGAAAGUCCAGUGUCCCAACCAGGGUUGUGGCUGCACCUACACCAGUGUGUCUGGGCUGAAGGCUCAUCUGGGACUCUGCACACGGGGCGACUUUGAGGCCGGAAAAUACAGAUGUCUCAUCUGCAACAAGGAGUUUAACUCUGAGAGUGGAGUGAAAUAUCACAUCAACUCUGUCCAUUCACAGGACUGGUUUGUGACAAACAAAAAAGCCUCCAAGAAAUUUGAGAAGUUCCUCAAAAACCAGUCCAAGGAGUUUGUCCAUAAUGUGGACAAGCAGAUUGUGGAUCAGUACCACCAUCACCACCUCCAGCAUCAUCAUCAUCAGCAGCAUCACCACCUCCACCACCACCACCACCACCAUCAGCAGCAACAUCAGCUCCAACACCAGCCAAUGCAGCACCCUCUGCAGCCACUGCAUCACCUCCAGCACCAAACCCAGCUCCUCCAUCCGGAGCACCAGAACCUCCCUCCACAGGUGGACACCCAGCUCCAGCAGCCGAUGCUCCACUACACCCCUCUAGAGCCCCCUGCGGGACCACUGUGGGUGGAUAUGGACCGGAGAGGAGCCAUGCCAGGACCAGAGCAGGCCCCGAUCGAGAUGGAGAUGGCUGAUGUUGACAAACCCGGAGAGGACAGCGGCGGGAUGGUGGAGGUUAAAAGGAGAGAGAAGGGGGAGAGGGGAGGGGAGAGGGGGAAGGCUGAUGGGAAGAGGAAGGAUUGCUUUGCUUUUGGUGCUGGUGGAGGCGGUAGCGCUGGCGGAGGUGGUAGCGGCGGCAGCAGCAGCAGCAGCAGCAGCAGUAGCAGCAGUAAUACCGGCAGCUCAUCCAGCGAAUCAGAGGUGGAGCAGCAGGACAGGCAAAGACAGAUUGACCAGUGGAAUCUGAAACGACCGGGCAUCAUGGAGCCCCACCCUGAGGCUGGAAAGCGACAAAGAAACACUUAA